AUAUGCUUCGACGUCGGGCCCCCAAACCCUAGCGGUUCUCUAGCCUUGUGUGCUGCGCCUGCUGCGAACCCUAACCCUGCCUGAGAGGACGAGCUCGGCAGCCAUGGCGGAUGUUUCGGACGCGGUGGACGUGGGAGGGGUGCAGCCGAAGAAGAGGACCUUUAGGAAGUUCUCCUAUCGAGGGGUCGAUCUCGACCAGCUCCUCGACAUGGGUACCGACGAGCUCGUCAAGCUCUUCCCUGCCCGAGCUCGCAGAAGGUUUCAGAGAGGUCUUAAGAGGAAGCCUAUGGCUCUGAUCAAGAAGCUUCGCAAGGCGAAGCGUGAUGCUCCUCCUGGGGAGAAGCCUGAACCUGUGAGGACACACCUUCGGAACAUGAUAAUAGUCCCAGAGAUGAUUGGAAGCAUAAUCGGUGUCUAUAAUGGAAAAACUUUUAACCAGGUUGAGAUCAAGCCUGAAAUGAUUGGUCACUACUUGGCGGAGUUCUCAAUCUCAUAUAAGCCUGUGAAGCAUGGAAGACCUGGUAUUGGUGCCACCCAUUCCUCCCGGUUCAUUCCUCUCAAGUAAAAGCCAAAUGUCUGGCAAAGGAACAGAGACCCUGCUUCUAUUCUUGAUUGACUUUUUGUUGCUUUAGCCGAUUCAAGUUUUAGCUUUCAGUGCGUCAUUUCUGGGGAGUAAUUUUGACCUUUUGCUACUUGCAUCACGACUUGCCAACCUGAACUUAUAUUGUGUUCUCGAGUUAGUUUUGUCUUUUAAAUUAGCUUACAAGCUCUGAUUGCAGCUUCUGUCA